AGUAAAAGACCCGUGUUGGUUCUUCAGAAUGACUCUCUCUACUCUCAGAGACGUCCUUACACCAGUGAAGAUGAGGCGUGGAAAACCUUUCUUGAAAAUCCCCUUACAGCAGCUACCAAAGCUAUGAUGAGCAUCAAUGGUGAUGAAGACAGCGCAGCUGCCCUCGGAUUGCUGUAUGAUUACUACAAGGUUCCAAGAGAGAGGAGAUCUUCGACAGCUAAACCAGAGGUAGAGCAUCCUGACCAAGACCAUAGCAAAAGGAACAGCAUCCCAAAUGUGACAGAACAGUCACUCAUUUCUGCUGGAGAAAACAGAGUCCAGGUUCUGAAAAAUGUGCCUUUCAAUAUUGUCCUUCCACACACGCCCCAGAUGGGCAUGGACAAAAGAGGCCACCUUACAACUCCUGACACAACGGUCACCGUUUCAAUUGCCACGAUGCCCACCCAUUCCAUCAAAACGGAGACGCAGCCCCAUGGCUUUGCAGUGGGCAUCCCGCCAAGCGUCUACCACCCUGAGCCCCCUGAGCGGGUGGUGGUCUUCGACAGGAACCUCAAUCCUGACCAGUUCAGUUCCAACACCCAGCCUCAAAACUCCCAGAGGCGAACACCAGACUCCACCUUCUCAGAGACUUACAAGGAGGGGGUGCAAGAGGUUUUCUUUCCUACUGAACUGAAUCUCCGGAUGGCCAACAUGAAUUCAGAAGAUUAUGUUUUUGACAGCAUUUCUGGGAAUAACUUCGAAUACACUCUGGAAGCCUCCAAGUCCCUCCGACAGAAGCCUGGGGACAGCACAAUGACUUACCUGAAUAAAGGUCAAUUUUACCCGAUCACUCUGAAAGAAGUCAGCAGCAGUGAAGGAAUCCAUCACCCCAUCAGUAAAGUCCGAAGUGUCAUCAUGGUCGUGUUUGCUGAAGACAAAACAAGGGAAGAUCAGCUCAGGCACUGGAAAUACUGGCACUCAAGACAGCACACAGCCAAACAAAGAUGCAUUGACAUAGCUGACUACAAGGAGAGCUUCAACACCAUCAGUAAUAUCGAGGAGAUUGCGUACAAUGCUAUAUCCUUCACUUGGGACAUCAACGAGGAAGCAAAGGUUUUCAUUUCUGUGAACUGCCUCAGCACGGAUUUCUCCUCUCAGAAGGGAGUUAAAGGCCUGCCACUGAAUCUUCAGAUUGACACCUACAGCUACAAUAACAGGAGUAACAAACCUGUCCACAGAGCCUACUGCCAGAUUAAAGUCUUCUGUGAUAAGGGAGCAGAGAGGAAGAUCAGGGAUGAAGAGCGAAAGCAAAGCAAAAGAAAAGUUUCUGAUGUUAAAGUGCCAAUGCUUCCCUCACACAAACGUACAGACAUCACCGUUUUCAAGCCCUUCAUGGAUCUAGACACUCAGCCAGUCCUUUUUAUUCCUGAUGUUCACUUUGCAAAUCUUCAGCGUGGUGCUCACGUCCUUCCUGUUGCUUCAGAAGAACUGGAGGGUGAAAGCUCCAACCUGAAGAGAGGAGCCUAUAUCGGAGAAGAGGACUUUAUUGCUACUCCGAAUAAGAUGGCCAGAAUAGAAGAACCAAAAAGAGUGUUGCUGUAUGUCCGAAAAGAGUCAGAGGAAGUCUUUGAUGCAUUAAUGUUAAAGACACCGUCUCUGAAAGGUCUAAUGGAAGCGAUAUCUGACAAAUAUGACGUUCCUUUUGAUAAAAUAGGAAAAAUCUUCAAAAAAUGUAAAAAAGGAAUUCUGGUCAACAUGGACGAUAACAUUGUGAAACACUAUUCUAAUGAAGAUACCUUCCAGUUGCAGAUUGAAGAAGUUGGAGGAUCUUACAAGCUCACUCUCACUGAGAUCUAA